AUGUUAGAGCUGUUGGAGCUGUUAGAGCUGUUAGAGCUGUUAGAGCUGUUAGAGCUGUUAGAGCUGUUGGAGCUGUUGGAGCUGUUGGAGCUGUUGGAGCUGUUGGAGCUGUUGGAGCUGUUGGAGCUGUUGGAGCUGUUGGAGCUGUUGGAGCUGUUGGAGCUGUUGGAGCUGUUAGAGCUGUUAGAGCUGUUAGAGCUGUUAGAGCUGUUGGAGCUGUUGGAGCUGUUGGAGCUGUUGGAGCUGUUGGAGCUGUUGGAGCUGUUGGAGCUGUUGGAGCUGUUGGAGCUGUUGGAGCUGUUAGAGCUGUUGGAGCUGUUGGAGCUGUUGGAGCUGUAG